CAAAUGCUUCCUCCUCCUUAUUAUCUCUCCAUUUAUAUUCAAUUCUCUUCUCCCUCUCACAACACAAACUCACUCUCCUCUGUUUCUUUGUUUGUUUUCAUCACCAAGAAUUUCCUAUUCUCCCUCUUUCUCUUUCAACCAUAAACAAAAACUAAAGCAUGGGUCGAUCUCCUUGUUGCGAGAAAGAUCACACAAACAAAGGCGCAUGGACUAAAGAAGAAGACGAGCGCCUCAUCAAUUAUAUCAAACUUCAUGGCGAAGGUUGCUGGAGAUCUCUUCCUAAAGCUGCAGGUUUACUGAGGUGUGGUAAAAGUUGCAGACUUCGAUGGAUAAACUAUUUGAGGCCUGAUCUCAAAAGAGGAAACUUCACUGAAGAAGAAGAUGAAAUCAUCAUAAACCUCCAUAGCUUACUUGGAAACAAGUGGUCACUAAUCGCUGCAAGAUUGCCGGGAAGAACUGACAAUGAGAUCAAGAACUAUUGGAACACUCACAUAAAGAGAAAGCUUUAUAGCCGAGGAAUCGACCCUCAAACUCAUCGUCCACUCAAUUCACUCAUUACAACUUGCACAUCAAACAAAAGAGGCAACAAUUCAAGCUCCAACAACACACAGAUUACUACUGCUGCAAACGACAACAUGGGUUUUCAGAUAAAUAUGCAAACGACAAAGAAGAAGCAAGAGGUGGCGGACUUAUUAGUGAUGAGUGACAUAAAUAAUAAUGAAAAUGAAGAUUCAAAUAGCAGUAGUGGUGUAACGACGGAAGAAAUUUACCCUGAACUCAAUCUGGAGCUCUCCAUAGGCCUUCCUGCGCAACAUGGGACUAUUUCGAGUUCUUGUAUUAAAGUAUAUGAUAAAUGUUUAAAACAGAAUGGGAAAACUGGGGUGUGUUUGUGUUGCUGUCUAGGGUUUCAAAAGAGCGAGGCAUGUAGCUGUAAGUCCAUGGUAAUGGCACCUAGAAUAACGACAGCACCUGAAAAUAAUCUUUGCUGAUAUUACACUUGGGCCAUGGAUUCUUGAAAUUUAGGCCAAAGUUUUGGUGGCCACAUGAAAAUCUGUGGUGGAAACAAAAGAAAAGAAUAUGAUACAUAUAUGUAUGGUUGAAGAUUCCGUAAAUUUUGAGAGAAAAUUCUUAUAUAUUGGCUUGAUUUGAUAGCCUUCUUUUUCA